AUCGGUCCUCCUGCAGAAACAACGCAAGACUGGUCUCGAGCAUGAGUCUAUGACUGAUUCAGAUGCGCGUACUUUUGCUCUCCAAGUGGUUGGAGAAUCGGCUUGUCGCUUUUUAGCGGCAAGCAACGACACCAAGCAGCAGAACCGGGGGAGGGAACUUUGUGGCAGCCUGCUGCAGACGGACGCACAGGGCGCACGAGGCACUUCUCCUCGACAUUCCUUGGCACAGAGCCACCAUUAUGGGCCUUCGCCACCACCAUAUGAUACUCCGCAACCAUCCUGGCCAGGAGGUUGCAAACAGUACUGUCAAGUCUUUAUGGGCACCUGCCGUGAGCCCAACAGUCCGAUUGGCCGUUACUACUCGAGUAUCAGCGAGUGCCGCAAGGAGUGUGCCACCAUUCCUGUUACGCAACAGAACGUUCAGCAAGGAAACACUAUGGCCUGCAGAGCUUUUCACGCCGCCUUGAGCCUGUCCACAACAUCACAAACAGCAUUCCAUUGCAACCACGCUUAUGUCGUGGACCCAAUGUACAUUUGCCGGAACUACCCUAUCCCGGACUGGGACGGGAAGGACAUGCGGCAGAUCAUUUAUGACACUUUUGGCGCAUACAGCUCAACAACGUCGCUGUUGCAGACAGGAAGUGCAGCAAAAAUGCUGAACUCUGGCAAAGGCGUUUGUGACAUUUGCAAGUGCCGUGACAAUGUCAUCGAGAGGGUCAAGAUCGUCAGUUGUCAAGGACUUGGCUUGAACGAUGACGAUUUCAAGGCCUUGAUGAGGAAGAUGCCUUCAUCGGUCGAGAUCCUUGAUCUCAGCGCCAAUGAGAUUACCAAGAUCCCACAAAACGUUUUUGUCAACGCAAAGAACCUCUUAGGCCUUGACCUUGCAAGCAAUCAGAUCACCAAGAUCAAGUCUGGGGCUUUCAACAAACUCGACUCGCUCGUCUCUUUGCUUUUGGAUGGCAACUGGAAUUUGAGCCAAAUCGAUGACGACAUCUUGUAUCCGCUUACAGAAUUGGUGGAGCUUGGCCUUGCAAACGGAGCAGUCCCAGAAAUCCCGCGCAACUUUUUCAAAAUGAACACCAAGCUGCAGUUUGCCACCAUGUUCGGGCAAGCAUAUUCGUCCCUUCCAGCAGGACAGGGCUUACCAACAAUGCAUCUUGAAUCUUGAGUACUAAUUAAUAACAUGCAAACAUGUGCGCAGUUAGUUUGAAACAGACUCACCCAGUGUAUGUUCACUUGGCGCUCCUGUAACAUUGCAUUUCAUGUCC